AUGCCAAGAUCGUCUUUCGAGGACACUUCAAACAUGUCGAAUGCCAACAGCAACACGGCUGAAUUGGGCGAGCGCAUGACCAUGUCUGAGGUCGGCAAGCAGAAGGCUGCCGAGGCGGACAUCCACGACUUCCUGCGCGAGGCGGGCGAUGCGCUGAGUUCGACGUCGAGCGCAGCAGCAAUGCCUGCGCAGAUGCCGCGACGGAAGACGAUCAAGUCGCAGUUCGAUACGACGCCCUACAAGACCGUACGGUUACAAGACCCAGACUUACCAUUACUUUCUUCCCGCAGACCUCCAUCGCCAGUAUCGCGAUCAUACCACCCCACAAAUUCCUCAGUAUCCGGCUUAUCACGGACGCCGUCAGUGAUGGAUACCGCGCCGAACAUGCCGCCGCCGGGAGAGGACCCAUACGUACCAUACCGACGGCCGCUGUCGCCCGACCGACCAUAUUCACCCACGCGCACAUCAGCCGACUACUCGCGGCCGCCAGCGUCAGUCAACUCAUACGAGCCAGUGGAUCUUCAUGGCAGCCCACGGCCAGGCAGCCCUCAGCGGCCACUACCACCUCAACCCUUGUUCACCGGCCGUAGACCAAACUCCCGCGGCUCCGAGGGCACCAUGGACAUGACUGAUAUGACUUCGAUACCCAUUCACGACGAUGACGACCCCUUCACCGACAUUGGCGACGACCGACCCGACCUGCGAUCGCGCGACUCGUACAUGACCGAUGACACAUACACAGACAUCUACACCGAGAUAGAUGAGAAGGCAGAGCACUACGGGCCGGCUCCCGAUGGCGCACAAGAGCGACGUGGAGCGCGCGACGCUGUAAUGACAAAGAAGGAGGUCCGAUUGAUCAACGGUGAACUCAUUCUAGAGUGCAAGAUCCCGACCAUCCUCCACAGUUUCCUUCCACGACGAGACGACAUCGAGUUCACGCACAUGCGAUACACAGCCGUGACAUGCGACCCAGACGACUACUGUGAUCGUGGAUACAAACUGCGCCAGAAUAUCGGCAACCCGCGCGAAACCGAACUUUUCAUCGCCAUCACCAUGUACAACGAGAACGAGAUCGACUUCACCCGAACAAUGCACGGUGUCAUGCAAAACAUCAGUCACUUCUGCUCCCGAAUGAAGUCAAGAACCUGGGGAAAGGACGGAUGGCAGAAGAUCGUCGUAUGCAUCAUUGCGGAUGGUCGCGGAAAGGUUCACCCGAGAACACUCGACGCGAUCGCUGCCAUGGGAUGCUUCCAGGAAGGUAUCGCAAAGAACCACGUCAACCAGAAAGAGGUCACUGCCCACGUCUACGAAUACACAACCCAAGUCUCGCUGGACUCAGACCUCAAGUUCAAGGGUGCUGAGAAGGGCAUUGUGCCCUGCCAGAUGAUCUUCUGCUUGAAGGAGAAGAACUCAAAGAAGCUGAACUCACAUCGUUGGUUCUUCAACGCCUUCGGCCGCGCACUCAACCCGAACGUCUGCAUUCUACUCGACGUAGGAACCAAGCCUGGACCCAAAGCUCUGUACCAUCUAUGGAAGGCCUUCGACACCGACUCCUCCGUCGCAGGAGCUGCAGGAGAAAUCAAGGCUGGCAAAGGCAAAGCGUGGCUUGGUCUGCUCAACCCGCUUGUCGCAUCGCAGAACUUCGAAUACAAGAUGUCCAAUAUCCUUGACAAGCCAUUGGAGUCAGUGUUUGGCUACAUUACGGUCUUGCCAGGCCACGGUCCUCUUAGCCAGUACUUCAAGGGAGAAACGCUCCAUGGUCAAGAUGCAGAUGUGUUCACCGCAAACAUGUACUUGGCUGAAGAUCGUAUUCUGUGCUGGGAGCUUGUAGCGAAGCGCAGCGAGCAAUGGGUCUUGAAAUACGUCAAAGCGGCGACUGGUGAGACGGAUGUGCCAGAUACCGUACCCGAGUUCAUCUCUCAACGUCGUCGUUGGCUGAACGGAGCCUUCUUUGCGGCUGUCUACUCACUGCUUCACUUCAAGCAAGUCUGGGCCACUGACCACACCAUCGGCCGCAAGAUCCUGCUUCACAUCGAAUUCGUCUACCAGUUCGUGCAACUCCUGUUUACGUUCUUCUCGCUUGCCAACUUCUACCUGACCUUUUACUUCGUCGCCGGCUCACUGUCAGACCCGGAACUGGAUCCCUUCGGCCACAACAUCGGAAAAUACAUCUUCUACAUCCUCCGCUACACAUGCACGCUGCUCAUCUGCAUGCAAUUCAUCUUGUCUAUGGGUAACCGACCCCAAGGUGCCAAGAAGAUGUUCUUCUGGAGUAUGGUCAUGUAUGGUGUCAUCAUGGCUUACACUACCUUCGCGUCCUUCUACAUCGUCAUUGUCCAACUCAAGGAUCCGAAGGCGGAAAAGACCAUCGGGGCCAAUGUGUUUACCAACCUUAUCAUCUCGACUGCGACAACGAUUGGUCUCUACUUCCUCAUGUCCUUCAUGUACCUGGAUCCAUGGCACAUGUUCACUUCGAGUGCGCAGUACUUUGCCCUCCUACCAUCAUACAUCGCCACACUUCAAGUUUACGCCUUCUGCAACACUCACGAUAUCACUUGGGGAACCAAGGGAGACAACGUCGCGAAGACCGAUCUGGGAGACGCCAAAGGAAAGAAGAAGGACAUUGUGGAGCUUGAGAUGCCAUCAGAGCAGCUGGAUAUCGACAGUGGGUAUGACGAGGCGCUUCGCAACCUCCGUGACCGUGUCGAAGUUGUCGAGCCCCCGAUCUCCGAGUCGCAGCAACAGGAAGACUACUAUCGUGCCGUGCGUACCUACAUGGUGGUCAUAUGGCUCAUCUCCAACGCUGUCCUCGCCAUGACUGUCAGCGAAGCCUACUCGGACCGCAAGGUGACGAACAACUUCUACCUUACCUUCAUUCUCUGGGCUGUCGCUGGUCUCGCCUUCUUCCGUGCUAUUGGUUCAACCACUUUCCUCAUCAUCAACUCUAUCCAAGCCAUCAUGGAGACGAAGCUCAAGUGGGAGGACAAGAUCGACGACAAGAAGAGCAAUAGAACUGGUCUUGGAGGUGGCCGCAAGUACGGAAGGAACAAAUGGUGGAAGUUUGGAUUUGGCGGCGGCGGCGUAUCGUCGAGUUGGUUCUCGGGCAGCACGAUUUCGAGUAAGCUUAGUAGCAUGACUCCCAGUAACUGGGGUGGAAGCAGUGUCGGAAGAUAG